UUUGAUUAACGUUCUAUUCAGCAUUACCCCGUUAUCGACUGCAAUGGCUCCACACCAAGUCCUCACUCUGAUGGUUUUCGGUUUCUGCAUGUUUAUGCAAGUACAAGGAGACCGAUGCCCCCUUGGGUUUGUCAGACAUAAAACUUCGUGCUACUGGUUCUCCACAACCAAAGGAUCCUUAUCGGAAGCUCGGUCCAUGUGCCGAUAUCUGAAGAGUGACCUUGCCAAGGUGACAAGUAAAGAUGAGGAUGACUUCAUCAGGCAUUUUGCGCUGGUUCGGGGAAAAGCAAAAUUAUACUUCCUGGGUGGCAGUGACCUCCGCCAGAGUGGUAGGUGGUCGUGGAACGGGGAAGAACAGCAGAUGACCUACACCAACUGGGCACCAGGACAACCAAACUACCUUGACAAAGAACACUGUAUUGUCCUCUGGAAACAUGCCAAUUACCAGUGGGCCGAUUAUUAUUGCGACUAUGUCACGAACUAUAUUUGUGAAUGUCGCGUUUUGAAAUAAAUCGUCUACUGACA